AUAAAAUUACUAAAUCCCUUUUCAUUGCAAAUGUAUUUUAUAUUCAACUUUUCAUGUCGUUAUCAAACAGCGACGGUAUUACGGAAAAGAAAGGCUCGUUUUUAACAGAAAAUUGCAGAUUGCUGGAAAGAAACAUGUCUGGGAGUUUCUAUUUUGUCAUGGUUGGGCAUCAUGAUAAUCCUGUCUUUGAAAUGGAAUUCUUGCCUGCUGGUAAAGCUGAGUCAAAGGAUGACCACCGGCAUCUGAACCAGUUCAUUGCGCAUGCAGCCCUCGACUUGGUGGAUGAAAACAUGUGGCUGUCUAACAACAUGUACCUGAAAACUGUGGACAAGUUCAACGAGUGGUUCGUCUCUGCCUUUGUCACUGCAGGACAUAUGAGAUUCAUCAUGCUUCAUGAUGUACGACAAGAAGAUGGAAUCAAAAACUUCUUCAAUGACGUGUAUGAUUUAUACAUUAAGUUUGCAAUGAAUCCUUUCUAUGAAACCAAUGCUCCAAUCCGGUCGACGGCAUUUGACAGGAAAGUACAGUUCCUUGGAAAGAAGCACCUCUUGAGCUGAUGAACUAACCUGGACAACAUGGUUGUGUAGCUUUUUUAAUGUCUUCAUUGUGUGCAGUUUCCAGUUGAAAUAUGUUUUAAGACAUAUAUACAUAAUAUACACAUAAUUUGUCUAUGAUCACUUGUUGUAUGUCUUAUAUAACUUCAGUAUGUAUUACUGAUACUUCCCAACCACUGUAUAAAAGCUAUUGUAAGCAUGGAACAUUGUUGCAUAAUGAGUGGAUGGUACACUAUAUAUACAAAAGUAUGUGGACACCCCUUCAAAUUUGUCGAUUUGGCAAUUUCAUUGCUGUCAGGUGUAUAAAAUCGAGCACACAGCCAUGCAAUCACCAUAGCUAACAUUUGCAAUAGAAUGGCCUUACUGAAGAGCUCAGUGACUUUCAAUGUGGCACCAUCAUAGGAUGCCACCUUUCCAACAAGUCAGUUUGUCAAAUUUCUGCCCUGCUAGAGCUGCCCAGGUCAACUGUUCAAGUGAUGUUAUUGUGAAGUGGGAAAGUCUAGGAGCAACAAUGGCUCAGCCGUGAAGUGGUAGGCCACACAAGCUCACUGAAAGGGACUGCCAAGUGCUGAAGCGUGUAAAAAUUGUCUCCUAGGUUGCAACACUCACGACCGAGUUCCGAACUGCCUCUGAAAGCAACGUCAGCACACUAACUGUUCGUCGGGAGCUUAAUGAAAGGGGUUUUCAUGGCUGAGCAGCUGCACACAAGCCUAAGAUCACCAUGCGCAAUGCCAAGCAUUGGCUGGAGUGGUGUAAAGCUCGCCGCCAUUGGAUUCUGGAGCAGUGGAAACGCAUUCUCUGGAGUGAUGAAUCACACUUCAAAAUCAGAUGGACUAUUCUGGGUUUCGCGGAUGCCAGGAAAAUGCUACCUGCCCAAAAGGCAUAGUGCCAACUGCAAAGUUUGGUGGAUGAGGAAUAAUGGUUUGGGCCAGGUCCCUUAGUUCCAGAGAAGAUAAAUCUUAAUGCUACAGCAUACAAUGACAUUCUAGACAAUUCUGUACUUCCAACUUUGUGGCAACAGUUUGGGAUAGGCCAUUUCCUGUUUCAUCAUGACCAACUCCAUAUUAAUGACCAUGAUUUUGGAACGAGAUGUUCGACGAUCAGGUGUUCACCUACUUUUGGUAAUGUAGUGUAUGUGUCACCAGAAUUUUGUUUCCAAGUUUGAUAAUAAUGAAAGGUUUGUAUGAGGCUUUUCUGAACUUGAAAGAGCUUGUUAAAUAUUAUCCCAUUCAAAAGACGGUAAUGUUAAACAUUCACAAAGCUGUCUGCCGCCUUAGGGGAAUUCUCUGGCGCUGCCCAAAUGCUCUGUGCAAAUGCAACUAUGCCCUGCACACAAUAGUUUUGGAAACAUUUGCAACCAUACUUUCAUAUAAGCGAGAAAUAAUUUUUCAAACACAAAACACACUUAACAUACGCAGUUCAGGAAAGUUGCACCCGGCUGUAUUUUGUGGAACACUCGAAAUCUGGUGUGGCAUGUCUCGUAGCCGGCUGCAACUUUGCUAAACUGCGCAAAGUAAGUGUACUUUUUUGUAUUUGCAAGAUUCUUUCUUGCUUGUAUGAAAGUUAAGUUCCAAAGGUUUCCAAAAAAGCAUUGCAAGUGAGGCGUAUUUGCGUUUAAACAGCGUCUGGAUUGUAGUUCACAUGGAGGCAGCUGUGGUCCGUACCAUUGGCUGAGAAGCCAAAAGCGUGGCCAACUGUAAGCUGGUUAUACACCCCCUUGGAUUCUUGAGAGCUAGUUAAAUCAAUGUAAAUGUGGCUAAGUUUACACAGGUAGCCCAAUUCUGAUGAGAUCUGCUCUGAUUGGUCAAAAAAACCAUUGUUGGCAGAAUAUCAGAAUUAGGCUGCCGGUGUAAUCUAAGCCAUUCAUUCCUGAGGUUUGUGAAAUGCUCUGACUCACUGUCCAGUUUCUCUGAUUAAAUACUAACAUUAACAUAA